GAAAGGACGAAGUUAUACCCGAUUUUUGAGUUUCAGUUCGCAAUGUCCCGGGGCAAUUGAUUUUUCGGUCUUUUUAGUUUGAGUUUCUGUUUCUAAGUAUAAAUAUCCGCGGAAAACCGGAGGUGAUUCUAUUUCUGCUAAGAAGUGUUUUGAAUUAAGUGUUACGAGUGAUAUUUUCUGGAUUACGAACAAUAACUUUAGCUUGUCUGAUUUGUUAAAAUCUACAAAAUGAGCUCCAAUGAUGGAAAAAGAUCUUCGAAAGCCAACAAUGACAGGCCAGUCUCUCCCGUUUCUUUAUCCGAGAGUGACAACGAAUCGUUGCCAGAAAUCGAAUGCAAACUUUGCAACAAAUCUUUUGACAGCUACAAUGCCUAUCAACAGCACAUCAAAAGUAGGAAACAUUACAACCAAAUGACAGCAAAGAAGAUGUCCGCCAAGGCAGCGGUUGAUAAAUUAGUGGAGGAUCAUUCUGAAAGUGAUGGGGAUGACAAAUACACGGAACUCAACUGUGACGUAUGCUCUAAGACAUUUUCUGGGUGCAAACCUUAUGCUUCGCAUCUUCAUGGAAGUACUCAUGCAAAAAACCUCAAAAAGCAAGCUUUGAAGGAAAAAAUGAAAGACGUUCCCGGAGUUGAAAGCGACGAGGGUAGUGGCGACGAUUGGAUGCCUAAAACUGUCGCCAAAUGCAAACUGUGCGAAAAGGAAUUCACCAGUUUGGAAUCUUUUCAGAAGCAUUUAUCGGGCUCUAUGCACAAGAAGAAACUCAAGCAGGAAAAAAUUCUUCAGUCUGUGAAAGAUGAGCACAAAGGUUCAGAUGUUGAAAUGGAUGAUGAUUUUUACAAGAAAUGCGAUGUCUGCGACAAGGAAUUCAGUGGUCUAUUACCGUAUCAGAAUGGGGAAUAA